CCCGUCACCAUGUCGCCAUUUUGAUUCGAAAAAUAUGACUGAGUUUUUCCUGCUUUGCAUGCUAAACUUAGCUCCGUGUUUGAAUUAUCCUGUAUGUGAGUACAAACUGUAAGUUCCCCAUCCGCAGCGACAGGUUAUGGUGAGCCUCUCUGUGUCUCAUCUCCUAAAGAGGCCUGUGUUCUAAGAGGAGACCCAUGCUGAUAAAUGCCAGGCCUCGCCACACUCUCUGCCGUCUGCACAAACACAAAUGCCUGCCUGCCCGUGGGGGAGGUCUGAUUAAAGAUACCCACAUUUCAUCCACUGGGCUGUGUCCCCUGUCCCAGCGGCCACAAUGUUUUGGAAGUUCGACCUGCACACCACCUCCCACAUCGACCAGCUGCUGGACAGGGAGGACGUGACGCUGAGAGAGCUGAUGGAGGAGGAUGACGUCCUGCAGGAGUGCAAGGCCCAGAAUCGCCGGCUGCUCCUCUUCCUCUCUCAGGACCACUGCAUGCAGGAGCUGGUCAGCCUCAUCACCACAGAGCCUCCUGCUGACCUGGAGGAGAGGAGCCGCUUCAAGUUUCCCAACAUUGCUUGUGAGCUCCUGACAUCAGAUGUGUCCAUUAUUAAUGAUAAGCUGGGUGGGGACGAGUCUCUCCUUGAAAUGCUGUACCACUUCCUGGAGCAGGACCCACCCCUCAACCCACUGUUAGCCAGCUUCUUCAGCAAGACUAUUGGCAAUCUCAUUGCCAGGAAAACUGAACAGGUGAUUUCCUUUUUGAGGAAAAAGGAAGGCUUCAUUGGUCUGGUGCUGAAACACAUCGACGCCUCUGCCAUGAUGGACCUGCUGCUUCGCCUUAUCAGCUGUGUGGAGCCUGCCCCCUUGAGGCAGGAAGUCCUCAAUUGGCUGAAUGAGGAAAAGUUGAUUCAGAGACUCACAGAGCUCAUCCAUACUGGCAAAGAUGAGGAGAGACAAUCAAAUGCGUCCCAAACGCUUUGUGACAUCAUCCGCCUUAGUCGAGACCAGGCCAAUCAGAUGCAGGAGAAUGUGGAGGCUGACCCACUACUGGCUGUGUUAGAGUCACAGGAGAGUGUAGCGGGGCUCCUCAAGACCAUGUUUGAGGGCGAGAGGAGCGAAGCCUCCAUUGUUAACGGAACUCAAGUGCUACUUACCUUACUGGAGACCAGGAGGUCUGGGUUGGAAGGGCUGAUGGAUCUGUAUUCUCAGGGUUAUGAAAGGUCUUACACUGUCAACAGCAGUAUUUUAAAUGCCAUUGAGCCCCAUUUAAAGGACUUCCAGCAGCUUCUUCUGGAUCCUCCCAAGAAAAGUGCAAUAUUGACGACCGUUGGCGUUCUAGAGGAGCCGCUGGGGAACGCCCGCCUUCACGUGGCCCGACUGGUGGCCGCCCUGCUGCAGACCAGUGCCCCCAGUAUCUGCCAGGAGCUCUGCAAGCUUGCCACCAUGGACCUACUACUGGAUCUGUUCUUCAAGUACACCUGGAAUAACUUUUUGCACUUCCAAGUGGAGCUGUGUGUGGCAUCUAUCCUAAACCAACCCUCCCCAGAGGAGAGGCCCAUUCCGGGCCUCCAGAACCAUGACGGGAAGCCUGCAGUGUCAAGCCCCGAGGCCUCGGCGGAGGCAGUAGAGCCAGGCAGGACCAGUGACCCACAGACCUCCAUCCAUAAUGCCCUUGUAGCACAUCUCUUCCAGAAGUGUCGGCUGGUACAGAGGAUCCUCGAUGCCUGGGAGGAGAAUGAUAAAAUACAGGCUGAGGGAGGCACCAGGAGAGGCAACAUGGGUCAUCUGACAAGAAUUGCCAACAUGGUGGUCCAGAACCUGGAGAAAGGACCAGUACAGGCCCAGAUUGCUGACCUCAUCAAAGAGCUGCCAGAAGACUGCAGAGGUCGCUGGGAGAGCUUCGUGGACGAGACCCUGAGGGAGACUAACAGGAGGAACACAGUGGAGCUGGUGAGCACCCACAACAUGCACUCCUCCAGCGAGGAUGAUGACAUGGAGAGCCCCUUCCCCAACGACCUGUCUCUGCAACAGGCCUUCUCCGACUAUCAGAUCCAACAGAUGACUGCCAACUUCGUGGAUCAGUUUGGGUUCAAUGAUGAGGAGUUCAGCGAGCAUGAUGAAAAUAUCAAUGCCACAUUUGACAGAAUUGCCGAAAUAAACUUCAAUCUAGAUGCUGAUGAUAAUAGUGCCAAUGUGGCUGCUUUUGAAGCCUGCUGUAAAGAGAGGAUACGCCAGUUUGACGAUGCUGAGGAGGAAGAGGACAUAUGGGAGGAGAAAGAGAUAAACUAUGCAACACAAGUCAAAUCCAGAACAAGGUUCGGGGUCUCCCACCCUUCAGAGGGAAGCUCCAGGAGCAGCCUGGAGAAUGGAGGCCGGGAGCGGGACCGCGGGUCUGAAUCUGACGAGGACGAGGACUCUCCACAGAACACCUCAGACACAGGUCCAGGCUGGACAGCGAGUUUCGGCGAUGCCGGAGGGACUACGGCACCCCAAUCCCAAGGGGGAUGGGAAACCUCAGCUGGCAGUGGACCUUAUCCUCAGGAGACUGGCUGGGCCAACUUCACUGAGUUCCAGCCUUUCUGCGGUACAGAGACUGGUCCCAGAUGCAGCUCUCCUGUGGACACGGGCAGCAGCGACGCAGAUAAACAAGCUAAACAAGCUAAACAAAACCACGAUAAGAGCGGUGUCAGCGCCUCCUCAGGUUCGUGGCAGGCGGGAGAAGGGAGGAAGGCUCCUCUCGUGGCCUCGGACAGCAGCUCCUCUGGGGGAUCUGACAGCGAGGAGGACGAUAAGGCUGCUGCUGUUGCCCCAGCCGCAGCUGUCGCCUCGGAAACGGCCAGUGCCCACGGCAACAAGAAGGCUGACCUCAAAAGCGGAGAGAGUCCAGUGUCUCUGGAGAAGCUGUCUCUGUCGGAGCCUCCUAAAGUCUCGGAGCAGAAACCCGCUGGAGACGCACCCACAACCACACAGACCGAUAGGAAAGAGGACACGCCAGCGCCCCAGGAAGUGUCCGUCAACGGGCCGGUGUGAGAGCAUCAGAGACAGAAACCCAACCUUGACGGUGCCACAGACUGUCAGCCUCCUCCAGAGUGACACCCCCAAAUAACCUCACUGCAAAACCACGGUGUUUUUACUGAAUCACUCUGCCAUGUUAUUGGACCUGGACACUGCCAAUCAACACCAAUAAUGAGGCGGCGGAACAUGUAAAACAAACAAAAAAAAAACAACAAAAAAAACAAAAACAAACACAAAAAGAAACGACAACCAACAAACAGAACAGAGAGUGUAGAGGAAUCAUCUUCAAAGCCUUUUUCCGAUGUUGCACAUAAAUACGUGCGGUUUUAAUGUAGCAGCGAUCUUUAAACGACAGAAUCCGAGGAGUAUAAACAUCACCGUUAUUUUUUUAUUUCCUGAAGGAUUGCUCUCGUACUCGUUCAAGCUGUUGGACCCCAGGUGAUAGGGAUGUUACAUCAUUGCCCCUAAAUGGAUAGCACAGGUUAACUUUUAACAAAAAUGAUGCCUCAAUAAUAAAUACCUUUUUUUUUCUUUUUUUCUUCAAGCUUAAGAAAAGCACUUAUGCAGCCAUUUACUGUACAUUAUAGCACAAUGUAAGUGUCCUACCCUCAUUUCUGCUGGCCGUCUUAUCUGUCCUCUCACCCAGAUCAAGGUUUUCACCAGGUUACUUUUUGUUUUUCCUUUGGUUGCUGUUGAAACAUCUCUUUCUCUCAGACAUCACCAGGUUUCUGAAUGUUUUGAAGUGCUUCAGGAGAGUGCGUCAAAGAGGAGGGGCGCGGGGGGGUCGAUGAACAGAGCUCUAUAGUAUUACUGUCUUUUUGCUCAUGUGCAAUAAUGUCAAUUAGCCAUUUUAUUUAAAAAUGAAAUUCAACAUUUUUUUUCUCUUCUUUUUAAAAAGAAUCAAUUAAGUGUUGUUGGAGAACGACGACUCAUUCGGUAUAGUUAUGGGCAAACAAAUUUGGAUAUAAUCUCAACUUGAGGUUUCUGAUUUUUAUUUUUAUUUUUAUUUUUUAUUUUUUUGUCUUUGUUUCAUGUUAGUGCAUGUAUAACCGGUUCUCUGUUGACCUAGCUAGUGAGCUAAGACCUUCUGAUUGUAUUGACCUUUACGUUCUUAUUGCUAUCCCCCUUAAAUCAACCAAACAUUAUCUACCUAUAUUCAAAUAUUAUCUACAUUUAAAAGUAAUUUUACAAGCAAUCUUGAGAUUACUAUUGUUGUCUGUUCCUUUUAUUUUUUUAUUUUUUCCCUCCACUGAGCACUUACUCACAGGGCAAGAGUUACUGUUGCAUCUGGUAAGAGUGACGCUGUUUGUUUUUUUGUUUUGUUUUUGUUUUUAUUUUGUUUUUUUGUUUUGUUUUUUGUUUUUUGUUUUUAUUUUAUUUUUCUCUGAGCAGCAGGAUUGGAACGAGGGUGGGUUUGGGUUCUGCAGAGUUCCAGGCCUCUCUGGUGUACUUACUUAAAAAAUCAUUUGACAGCUAUCACGUUCUACGAUCAUGGUAAAAUUUGAAAUUAAAAGUGUCUGGUUGACCACAUUAAUACCAAAAGGCUUUCUUGGCCGUUCUGCUUGUCAUGUUUCCACCGCCGCAAAGAAAA